AUGCGCACCUUUGGAGCGACCUCGUGGCGGCCUUUUCGCACGUUUGCUACGGACCGGAAGUCCAGCCUUGGGCGAACGCUGAGUUUAGAUCAAUUCAUCCAAAGAACACGGGUCCUAUCGUUCUACCGGCACAUAAUUCGAGGAACACGCCGGAUAUCAGAUCCCAAAACCCGGGCUGAAACUCGCAAGUUUGCAAGAGACGAAUUUGAGAGGCACCGCGGUGUUACAGACCCUGCCCAUAUUCGCUAUCUCUUAUCAACAGGCAAGACGGAGUGGGAUACCAUGGAGAGGUAUAUUGACGGCUUAUAA